CGGAAAAAAGAGAAAACUUGGAAUUUUGAGGGAGAAAGAUUAUAUACAGAUAAGAAUAAGGAAUAAGAAGGAUCGAACGAUCGAAUGAUCCGUUUCAUUUUGAUUGUUUACAGUAACAAGUGCCUUAACGAAAAAAGACGACGGAACCAGGAGAACCUGUUUAUCGAUGAGCUUGCCGAGCUGAUUUCCGCCACGGACAUGAGCUCUGGCAAGACUGACAAAUGCCAGAUCCUUCAGAGAACCGUCGACCAGACACAACACAUUAACACCCAAUGGUUUAACAAGCAAAAUGUUACCACAACAUUUGUUACAUCACCGAGGAUAAUGUUGCAAUUUCUUCCUUCCCGAUCCUACCGACCUACAACGAAAUCUGAAAGAAACGGAAGCGAAUCAAUUGUUAAAUCAACGAAAGAGGGUAGCGUCGAUUAAUAAAAAAAUAGCGGAAAGUCGUUGAUUAUCCGCGAAAAAGUAAUAAUAAUAACAAUAAUAAUAAUAAUAAUAAUAAUGUGAAUAAUUCUCGUCGAUACAGCUAUUCCUUCGUUUUUAACGAAACAAUUUUAUUUUCAAUUUUUAAUUUCUAAUAAUCGUUAUAAUUCGAUCGAUUCUCGGAUGAUAAUAACACGAUUAUUAUUUUGGUACACCGUUCUUUUGAAAAAAAAAAAAAGGAGAAAGAAAAGAAAGGAAGGUUUUUUUUUAUCCUUUUUAUCCUUAUAAUAGUGCGAGAAAACGAAGCGGAGCACAACGGUUCCCUCGUUGUGUCGCACGACCGUUCGUAUUCGAUUUGAUGUAAAUUACAAUCUGAAUGUGGCAAAUUUGAAAGAACAUUUCGUUUCUUCUUCAUUUCUCUAUAGAAAAUUUUCUUCGUAAUCGCCUCCCUCGUCGUUCGUUUUUCUCCCUUCAUCCUCUCGUCAAUCUCGUUGAUUUUCCGGUGAGAGAUAGAGAGAUAGAGAGAGAGAGAGAGAGAGAGAGAGAGAGAGA